AUGGAAGGCGAGGGAUAUCACUUAUGGGCUGGGACAGCGGCUUCGCAGGAGUGGGACGCGGCAUAUACGAAGGCUGAAGCAGCCGUCGCCAAUCUCACUCUGAAGGAGAAAGUCGUGCUCACUACCGGCAAGGGCUACUUUACAAGUACUUGCACGGGCAACAUCGGGUCUAUCGACUCAAUCAAUUUCCCUGGGAUAUGUCUGCAAGAUAGCGCUCUCGGCGUGCGGAACACCCAGGGAAACUCGGCGUUUCCUGCCGGUAUCAAUGCGGCCGCCACAUUCAACCGCACAUUGAUGUACCAGCGCGGGGCGGCGAUGGGGGCAGAGUUCCGCGGGAAAGGCAUAAACGUCCAGCUCGGCCCGUACAUGAACUUGAUGCGCCUCCCUGCAUCCGGCCGUGCAUGGGAAGGCUUUGGCGCGGACCCCUACCUUACCGGGGAGGGCGCGUACCAGAGCGUCCUGGGUAUCCAGUCGCAGGGCGUGCAGGCCGUUGCGAAGCAUUUUCUCAACAAUGAGCAGGAACGCUCGCGUGCUUUCAGUUCGUCGAACGUGGAUGACAGGACGGUGAGUGCUAAAUCGUCCCUGAAUUCGAGAAGACAAGGCUGGCUAACGAGUGUGCAAGCAACACGAACUGUACCUCCACCCCGUGCGUCCAACCCACCUUUCAUCGAGACAGCCUCGCUCAACCUGCACCGACCUGUAGUUCCUCCGCAGCAUCCAGGCGAACGUGGCAGCGGUGAUAUCAAGGCCAUGAACGACACGUACGCAUGCGAGAACAACGCGACGCUGCACGGAUACCUCAAGGGCGAGCUCGGCUUCCGCGGAUAUGUUAUGUCAGACUGGUACGCGACGCACUCUACCGCGGACGCUGCAAACCACGGGCUCGACGUUACCAUGCCCGGCGACGUCAUCCCUGGCGGUGGAAUCAGCUGGUUCGGAGACUCUCUGGUGCUCGCCGUGGACUUAGGGAGCGUCAACGAGUCGGUCGUCGAUGAAAUGGCGACGCGUGUCUUGGCCGGGUGGUAUCUCCUUGGCCAGGACCAGGGCUUCCCCGAAACGAAUAUUGGCUCCAGCGGGCCUGACGUCCAAGGGGACCACGCCAGCUUGAUAAGGACCAUCGACGCCGCCGCCACCGUUCUGCUGAAGAACGACAAGGGCAUGCUGCCGCUCAAGUCGCCGAGGUCAAUCGCGAUUAUAGGGGAUGGAGCGGGGUCGAACCCUUCUGGACCAAAUGCCUGCGCCGACCGGUCGUGCGACAAGGGUGUCCUGGGCAUGGGCUGGGGUAGCGGGACCGCCAACUACCCAUAUUUGAUCGCCCCCGUGGAUGCAAUCACUAACCGGUCGAAGGAGACCAACACGACCGUCGUCUCCUCGCUGAGCGACAGCGACCUGAAGGCCGCUGCCAAAGCCGCCGCCGGCGCGUCUGUUGCGCUUGUCUUCAUCACGGCUGAUAGCGGCGAACUGGGGUACAUUGUCGAAGGCACUGAUGGUGAUCGCAAUAACUUGAACGCCUGGCAUAACGGGGAUGAUUUGGUCAACGCGGUCGCUAGCGUGAACAAUAACACGAUCGUCGUUGUCAACACCGUCGGGCCAAUUCUCGUCGAAGCGUGGAUUGAUCACCCUAACGUGACGGGUCUCGUUUGGAGCGGUCUGCCUGGCCAAGAAGCAGGAAAUGCGCUUGUGGACGUACUAUGGGGUGAUUACAACCCGAGGCAAGUCUAUGGACGGCUACCCUACACCAUUGCCAAGAACCAGAGCGACUACCCUGCCCAAGUAGACUUCGAUAUUUCCUUGUCGACCAUCCAGAUUUCAUACAAUGAAGGCUUGUUCAUCGACUAUCGUCAUUUCGACGCUGCCAACAUCGCCCCUCGGUAUGAAUUCGGAUUCGGACUAUCGUACACAACGUUUGAUUACUCAGGCCUGAGUGUCAACGGCUCGCUAACAUCUGGGUCAAACUAUGAUGCGACCGUCGUGGGUGCCUCGCUCGAUGCAGCACUUCACGAGACGGCUGCAUCCGUGACCUUCACCCUUACAAACAAUGGCACUGUCGCGGGGCACGAGAUUCCGCAAUUAUACAUUUCCAUGCCCUCCUCUUCGAACGAGCCGCCGUAUCUUCUGAAAGGUUUUGACUCGAUCUUCCUUUCACCGGGCGAAUCCACACAAGUUACACUCUCUUUGUCUCGUUACGAUCUGUCCUUCUGGAACGCGGAGACACAGAAGUGGGAGGUUCCACAAGGUUCCUUUGGCAUCACUGCUUCUACCUACGCUGGAGUGUUCAGGAUGUCAUCGACCUUGGCGACUGUAUUCAACCUGACUAUCAAGACGCUUCAGGCAAUACCAGAUCCGGUAUCGUCCGCCGUAAUUGGCUUGGUGACCGAGAUAUGGAACGCUGUCCAGCAGGACACUGUCCUAGACGAACCAAAACAGGCACCAAGUCCGCCUCCUGUUCCAGCGCGUGUGUGAAACGUUGAGCUCCCUGAAGGUACCGCAAAAUUACGCGGAUGACGCCCUGCAGCAGGCGGUCGAGCCCCUCGUAAGAACCUUGGAGAAUGUCCUCCGUUUCAUCUUGUCAGAACAUCGGAAACCGUUUCUCCGCGCCGUCCUGAACUCAACCGAUCUGAAGCUCAAGAUUGAGGAGCACGAGAGGCAUAUCUGGACGGCUUGCCUCGGGUUUCAAAACGCUGCGUUGCUCACGGCUAACAAGAAAUUGGACGAUUUAUGGUCUUUGAUCAAUUCACAGCAGAGCCAGCAGAAUGCCGCAGCCGCACAGCAACUUGCAAUCGCACAGGAUACGUCUGAAAAGCUGAACAUGCUGCGUUCCGCUAUUGCAUCAACGAGCUUCUUGGAUGAACUGUUGGCAGCCAUGCAGGCUGACCCAAGGCAUAUGGUAACCGCUAUGCAAGCUGUACUCGAGCGACAGGAAACCGGCGCCAUUCAGCUUCGGCCAGAGGAGUUGGACUUCCUGAAAGCAGGUGUCAAGCGACUCCGCGCCCAGAUGCACGGAGAGAAGAUAAAAAUCAGGAGCUGGACAGUGACCAGUUUCGAGGUUGAGAGGGGUUUCUUGCUUGGUAAUGAUGUGACGUCGACUAUUCGGGUGGGAAGGUGGUUAGGAAGUAACACGGGAAUAUUAGAGCUUAAAAGCUCAGACGCCGUGCUGGAAGCCGUGAAGGUAAUGUCCGCCAUUCUUCCUUGA